ACACGAGAGAAAACCUAUGCUUUCACCUCCAAUUCUUUUGUUUCGACAUCGUCGAUUUGUGGUACCCAUCAUUCCCAACUGCUCAUUCGGGCGACCUUGAGCUCCGCUGCGUCGAGAAAUCUGUAUGAGCGGCGUUGCGUAACAUUGUUAAUGCAACCACGUGGACCGGCGGCACUUCGAGUGCUUGCCUCCAGUUGUCCAGAUGAAACGGCGAAGGCGCCAGAAAAACAUGCUUACGUCUUCGCUUAAGGGUCUGUACAGGAUGGCGGUGGACUUCCUCUCGACAAUAUACUGCCCUCUUUCUUGGGACGACGACGAGCUUGAACCGGAAUACGACUUCGAGCUUCAGGACUGCCUCAAGAAGGGCAACAACAUCAACACUACGACGACCACGAAUGAGAUCACCCUGCCGGAUAACUACGACGAGGAAGAGGAGUACGACGAGAACUUCCUUCUAGUCCUCGAAACUCAGGAAUCAACGCUAGACGAAGUUUGGGACAAUGUGUUAGAGCAAGCGUGGGCCUUGUCAGAAUCCAUAGGAAAGUAUAUCUUGCUUGCGUGACGGACUACUUGUGUACAGACAGUUAAUGAUGCGACCCGCAUCCCGUGAGACAGUGAUAGUGCAGUCUAUGGACACCAGGUGCUGGACUUCGUGAAGCUGCAAUUCUGGACUCCUGUGAACUCUCAAGAAUCUUUGGAUGGGCAAUUCCUGUAUCUAGUGACCUCGCGAGUGUUUUAAAAUUUCUAUGACUAUAUGAUAUGUGAGCAGUGCUCCUACGGAAAUGAAGGUGCGAGUGUCAUAGAAAUUGA